CAUGCGCAGUUCCGGAAUCCAUCUUCCAGCCUCGUCUUCUGACCGCCCGCAGGCGGCGAUAUAUGACGUCACGGCGACGCUAGUCGGCGGUAGUUUGAAAAAGAGAAUGCGCUUUUCUUAAUUGUGAUAAUGUCGACGUUGAGUGCCUUUGGCAAACUCCCAAUACUUAAUUCUUCGACCAUUUUGUUGGUGGGAACAAAUGAUGUUUUCCAGCAGCAAUUAGCAGAAACUAUACUUAAGGAAAAGCAAGAUUUGAAAAUAAAUAUCCAUUUGGCAGCCUCUCUUCCUUUACCUGUGGAGAGAAACCACAUUCGACCAAGGAUUGAUUUGAUUGUCUUUAUGAUUAAUGUUCAAAGCAAAUACAGUUUUGAAGAUAUAGAAGCUUCCCUUAUAUAUGUAGAAGCAAACUUUUUCCUUGGAAAAGUGUGCCUUCUGGUUACUGGUGUAGGUAGAAUGAAUAAAAUCAGUGUGGAUAUGGAUGCUGUCUGGAAGCUAGCAGAUCGUUACUGUAGCCCUGUCUUGUUCUGUGAACUUGAAUGUGAAAAAGUCAGAACUGUCACAGCUCAGAGACUUCUCCGGAUGUUACAAAUAUGCGCUGGUCAUGUAUUGGGGAUGUCUUCCCUUUCGUUCAGUUCUUUAAUGAAAUGCUCCAUUGAGGAUUCAAGUUUUUUGGCAUAAAACAUUUUCCAGUA